AUGGCUGACUCUUUCCACCCUCCUUCCUGGAGAAACAUGACAAAUGGAGGCGGGCCCCCCCACGUCAACAACGGAGGGCAGGGUGGGGGUUCCCAAAGCACCACACGCUACAUGCUGAAGAAACAGCAUCGCUACAGACGCAGGUCCUCCUCGCCAAUGGGCAGAGUCAUCCUCAUCAACGCAGAUGUUGAUGGAGGGGAUGACAGUGAAGACAUCCACACAGUGACCGUGGAUAAGAGUCCAGACGGGCGUCUUGGUUUCAGUGUCCGCGGGGGUUCUGAACAUGGGCUCGGCAUAUUUGUCAGCAAGGUUGAGGACGACAGCUCUGCAGCGCAGGCGGGGCUGACGGUGGGCGAUAAGCUGGUGGAGGUGAACGGGGUCAGCCUGGAGAGCAUCACCAUGAGCAGCGCCGUGAAGGUCCUGACGGGCAACAACAGGCUGAGGAUGGUGGUGAGACGAGUGGGGAAGAUCCCCGGCAUCCGCUACUCAAAGGAGAAGACGACGUGGGUGGAUCUAAUUCACCGGCGGAUGGUGGUGGAGGAGAGCGGCCGGACACCGUCAGAGGCCAGCUCGGACUUCGCUCUCCGUAGGAUCAUCCACCUCUUCACCACGUCGGACGACUACUGUCUGGGCUUCAACAUCAGAGGAGGCAAAGAGUUUGGACUUGGCAUUUAUGUCUCCAAGCUGGACCCAGGUGGGCUUGCAGAACAACACGGCAUCAAAAUGGGGGAUCAAAUACUUGCAGCCAACGGGGUGAGCUUUGAAGACAUCACCCACAGCAAUGCAGUGGAGGUCCUGAAGAGUCACACCCAUGUCAUGCUGACCAUCAGGGAAGCUGGAAGAUACCCUGCGUACAAAGAGAUGGUGGCAGAGUAUGGCUGGCUGGACAAAUUAGCCAACGGUGGCCCGGCACCAUCUUCACAUAGUUCAGACUCCUACUCCUCCGUGUCCUCGCUGUCCUCCAGCACACCCCUCAGCUCACUCAGUGGACUUUCCCAGGUUUUUUUCCCUCCAGUCUUCGGCUCUGAGAUGGUAGACAUUGCCAUUUCCACAGAGGACCGUUAUAGACGUCCGAGCAGCUCCGAGCGAACCGCUGACACCGCCAUACAGACUGACCCUCAAGCUCCUAACCACCUGGAUUACCCUUCGCCUAACAGGCCUGACUCUGAUGGGCUGGUCAUCGCAGAAACCAGGCGGGCAGUGGGGGAAACGGUGCUGCUGAAGGACACGGUCAUACGUGGGAAAGGAGAGGGGCCAAAGGACAUUGGAGGGCGAGGCCGGGUGAGGACGUUGUCAGCUGGUGACGGGAAAGCUGAGAAACACUCGCCUAAAACAGAAGCUCUGAUGGCGCUGAGCAAACCACGCAAGCCAAUUCGACGUUCCCAGAGCCACAUCACUGUGUCAGAGGACAGAAAGAAGAAUAAGAGACAACAGAAGGAGAAGGGACCAGCAGAAGGUCCAACAAACCUGCAGCGCUCCAAAACCUUCGUCAACUUGUUCUUCAAGAAGGAGAAGAGUCAGUCGAAGUCGUCGACUCUCCACUCCAACAACGAUAAGGAGCGAAGUCGUCCCUUCCAGCUCUUCUCCUCUCCGAAGGAAUCCCGCGCCGGCAGCCCACUGCCCCAUCAUGCCAUUCUGCAGCACGUGGAGGACAUGACAAAGAAGCUGCUCAGUCCAGAUGAGGCGGCUGCAGUGAUGAGACACUGUCGACGGUUUUUAUCUGACACAGCGAUUGAGGAUUUGGUGCGUCCCCUUCUGGCAAUCCUGGAUCGGCCAGAGAAGCUGCUACUUCUCAGAGAAAUACGAAUGCUGAUACCGACCACAGAGUUGGGUCGUUUUGACAGCAUGGUGAUGCCUUUUGAGCUGGAGGCGUACGACAUCCUCAAGAGUCGCUCUUUGCGCUCUCCGGCCCUGCGCUCGCCUCGUAGUGGAACCCCUCGACGUCACCUCAUCACCCCAGUCCCAGACUCCAGGGGUGGCUUUUACCUCCAGCCGGUCAGCAACACUCUGCAAGAGCGUCAGCUGAUCGAUGAGCUCGACAGACUUCGUUUGGCCAGCCAGCAGUCAGGCCACCUGCCACCGUCCCGUGCCUUCACCCCCCUGCUGGAUGUACCUGUGGACAACUACACAUCCUUCACUUCUCGCUCACGCUCCCCUAUCCCCUCGCCCUCCCACAGUUUCCUCCUGACAGAGUCGCCACACAGCACGCAGCGUGGGCACCAGCAUCACCUCUCCCCGAACAGAAGGGAGAACGGGACGCCGCGGCACGACCAAGUCUCCUUGCUGUCCGUGUCUGACCGUGGAGACGCCCUUCAUGAGCGUGGGAGGUCACCUGUGAGGAAUGGUCACGGGAGAGGGAGGAGGGAGGGGAGUCCCGACAGUGUUUAUGGCCGACAAACCAGGCAGGAGGGCUACACUGAGGUCAGUGUGCGGGUUCCCUCACAGCGCAGAGGGAGAAUCCCUCUGGCAGAUGUUUUUCACCCCCAGAGGGAGAGGAGCCCCUCCACGGGCAGAACGAGUGGUCAGCAGGUAAACGGUCUUCCUCAGAAUGAUCAGAAAGUCAACAGGAGAGAAACUCUACUGCCUGAAGCAUAUGAAGUCACUACUCUGACCAUCUCCAAGGCCAAGCAUUCACUGGGUAUAAGCAUCUCUGGAGGGAUAGAGUCUAAGAUCCAGCCUGUGAUAAAGAUAGAAAAAAUCUUCCCAGGUGGAGCAGCGUCAACAAACAAAGCUCUGAAGGCUGGCUUUGAGCUGUUGUCCGUGGACGGUGAGAGUCUGCAGGGAGUCAGUCAUCAACACGCUGUGGAUGUCAUUCGCCGCUCCUUCAGCAACAAGGUCAAGGACCCCAUGGUUUUUGUGGUCAAGGUCCCAAAGGUUUCUCUCUCCCCCACCAGUCCUAUAUGA